AUGCCUUAUAUAAUAGUGAAGCUAUCCAAGAUUGAGACAGCAUUUGAAUCAAGAUUAAAAACGUAUUCGAUUAAAAAUAUAUCUAAUCAUAUCAUACCAAGAGAAUUUUUAGAAGAUGUGAAAGAGAUAGUAAUUAGAAAGAUAGAAGAGAUACUGAAAGAAAACGACUUGACAGUAAAUUUCAAAUUUUUCUUUUCAUCUAGUAGAUCAUCUUACAUUGAAUUAGCAAAACAAAUCAAAGAAAAGAAAGCUGUAUUGAAUAUUAAGAAUGAAGAUGAAAAAUGUUUUGCUUAUUGCAUCGCAGCAUAUUCAAAUCCAGUAGGUAGUAACAAUCAUAAUCCUGGUCGAGUUAGUAAUUACAACAUUGAUGAAAUUAAAGAAAAUCUAAAAGGAAUCAAAUCACCUGUUGCUUUACAAGAUAUAGUUGUAUACAGAGGACCUGAUGCAGUAAAAAAAGUUUAUAGAGAUGUUGAAGAAAGAAGAUUUAUGGUAAGUAGUAUUGAUAAACUCUCCUGUAAUUUGAAAAAAGAACAGUUCAGAGAAACAGCUAAGUUUUUUCCUAAUCACCUAUUAGAUUUAGUUAUAAGAAAAGGUGUUUAUCUUUAUGACUAUAUGGAUUUGUGGAAGAAAGGUGAAAUGGAUAAACUUCCUCCAAAACAAGAGUUCUAUAGUAUAAUAAAUGAAUGUGGUAUAACAGAUAAAGAUUAUGAACAUGCACAAAACGUAUGGAAAACAUUUAAGAUUAGAAAUAUGGGUAAAUAUUCUGAUUUAAACGUUUGCAUAAAAACAUAUAAACUGGAUCCAGCAUGGUAUUACACAGCACCUGGAUUAUCGUGGGAAGCUAUGUUAAAAACAACAAAAGUUAAAUUAGUAUUAUUAAUUGAUUAUGAUAUGAUUUUGAUGAUAGAAAAAGGAAUCAGAGGUGGAAUCUCCCAAUGUUCAGAAGAUAUGGAAAGAUGGAUUAAUGAAUAUAAAGAUGUAACACAGAUACCUGAUGACUCAGAGAUUAGAUAUAUAUUAGAAGCUGAUCUAGAAUAUUCCAAAGAAUUACAUGAUUAUCAUUCUGAUCUACCUUUAGCUCCAGAGAAUAGAAUACCAGAUGGAUCAAAACAAUCUAUGCUGUUAACCACUUUAUAUGAUAAAGAGAAAUAUGUGACUCAUUAUAGAAAUCUAAAACAAUAUUUGAUUAUGAGGAUAAAACUCAAAAAGAUACAUAUAAUUUUAAAAUUUAAAUAAUCAGAUUGGUUGAAGAAAUAUAUAGAUCUGAAUACUGAAAUGAGAACCAAAGCAACUAAUGAUUUCGAAAAGGACUUUUUUAAACUAAUGAACAACUCUGUGUUUGGAAAGACAAUGGGAAACAUAAAGAAGAGAGUUGAUAUCAGGUUAUGUUGUAAAGCAGAACAAGUAGAAAAAUUAAUCGCUAAACCAAACUUUAAACAUCGAACAGUAUUUGCUGAAAACUUAUAUGCUAUUCACAUGAAUAAGACAAAAAUAUCUUUUGGUAAACCCAUCUUUGUGGAGAUGAGCAUAUUAGAUCUUUCGAAGCAUUUGAUGUAUGAUUUUCAUUAUAAUGUGAUGAAACCAAAAUAUGAAGAUAACAUAAAACUGUUAUGUCAGGAUACGGACAGUUAUAUAUAUAAUAUAAAAACAGAUGAUGUUUAUCAAGACAUGAAGAAAAUGAUUGAUUGCUUAGAUACAUCCGAUUAUCCAGAGAAUAAUCAGUAUGGUAUACCGAGAGUUAAUAAGAAGGUGUUAGGUAAAAUGAAGGAAGAAAAUAAUGGAAAAAUAAAAAAAGAAUUUGUUGCAAAGAAAUCAAAAGGAGUAAAGAAAUGUGUUGUUAAAAAUAGGAUAUCAUUUGAUUAUUAUAAAGACUGUUUGCUUAAUAAAACAGAGCAUUUUCGAACAAUGAAUCUAAUUAGAAGCAAGAAACAUGAACUUUAUUCAAUAAAAGAAAACAAGAAGACUUUAUCACCACAUGAUGAUAAGAGAUAUAUAUUGGAGGAUGGAAUUAACACAUUAGCAUUAGGACAUUUUGAAAAAAAUGGUAAACAAGAAAGGUCAUAA